CAUCUGCACGGUUUCGGGCCUCCCGGGCCUGAGAUCUACAGCCUCAACUCGUCCGGCAUAGGGUUUCUUCAGAAGAACCCGUACACGAACUGCAAGGAACAAAACAUGAAUCAAGAAAACAGGUUUCACUCGCAGCACGAUUUGACUGAGCUGCUCAAGCAACAACAACAACAACAGGAAAACAUUAAUCUGUUUGGAUUUGGACAACAGCAGCAGCAGCAACAGCUGGCUUUUAUUCGGAACUCGAGGUAUUUGGGCCUAGCCCAGGAGCUUCUGACCGAGUUCUGCCAUCUCGGGUCGGCCCAAAAGAUCCCCAAGGACGGUGAUGAGUGGAAGGAGAGUGAGAAUGCUGUUGAAAGACAGUUGCUUUACUCGCUCAACAUGCUCGAGCUGCAGAGAAGGAAGAUAAAGCUGCUUGAAAUGCUGGAAGAGGUGGAGAAAAGAUACAAACACUACUGCGACCAAAUGCGGGCCGUGACAUUGUCAUUCGAGUCGGUGGCUGGGAGAGGAGCCGCCCGAGCCUACUUGGGCUUGGCCUCAAAAGCAAUGUCCCGACAUUUCCGGUGCCUGAAAGACGGGAUCUUGAGCCAUAUUAAGGCCACAAAGAAGGCCAUGGGGGAGAAGGACAGCCUGGCACCAGGAACAGUGAAAGGGGAGACUCCGAGACUGAGGAUUCUCGAUCAGACCCUCCGGAAGCAGAAGGCCCUACAGCAGAUGAGUAGCAUUGAGUUUCAACCUUGGAGGCCCCAACGUGGGCUUCCCGAGCGUUCGGUUUCUGUUCUUCGGGCCUGGCUUUUCGAGCACUUUUUUCACCCGUAUCCAGGUGAUGUAGAUAAGCACAUUUUAGCCCGCCAAACGGGUCUCUCCAGAAGCCAGGCAAAGUCACUUUGUCUCUUUCCUCUUAUUAUAUUAUUAAAAAAAAAGAAAAAAAUUAUAAUGGUUGAAGUUAUUUUCAAUUUUUUUUUUUCGUGCCGCCACCAGGUUUCGAACUGGUUCAUAAACGCGAGGGUGAGGCUGUGGAAGCCCAUGGUGGAGGAAAUAUACUUAGAGGAGCUCAAGGAGGGCCCACCGACCAAUAACAACCCACCCAGGCCCAACAACCGAAAGCCCACCGGCGACCAGAUGGGCCGGGUCGACCCGGAGUCCAUCUUGCCCGUAACCAACCGCCCAAACGAUGCGGGGUUUUUGCAAUGCUCGACCCACGGCAGGGUGUCGCUGACGCUGGGCCUCCAUCAGCAUGGUGCAGGCGUGGAUUUACGGUUUUGUCCCCCGUCUGAGGGUUCGCUAAUCUACGGUAAGCAGGGUAUGGAGGAGUGCCAGACGUCGGUGCAGUACACGUCGCCUUACCCGAAUCUGAUGGGUGAACAGUUGCUGCAUGACCUGGCGGGU